AAACCUACCCGCCGUUUUUAUAACCCCGAUUCUCUGUGUUUUGCUCCCGUCUCCGACGAGAGAGGCGGCGACGGUGGCGUCUGCGACGGGAGACAGCGCGUCGGAGCGAGAAAGCGCCGCGCCUGCCGCCGCCCCAACAGCGGAGGCGCCGCCGCCAUCGGUCGUCACCAGACCGGAGCCGCAGGCCCUCCCGAGCCCGGCCAUCCGUGCCCCGCUCCCAGAUCUUUAUCCGUUUGGGACCAUGCGCGGAGGCGGCUUUGGGGACCGGGACCGGGAUCGUGACCGUGGAGGAUUUGGAGCAAGAGGUGGUGGUGGCCUUCCCCCAAAGAAAUUUGGUAAUCCUGGGGAGCGUUUACGCAAAAAGAAGUGGGAUUUGAGUGAGCUCCCCAAGUUUGAGAAGAAUUUUUAUGUGGAACAUCCAGAAGUGGCAAGACUGACUCCAUAUGAGGUUGAUGAGCUACGUCGAAAGAAAGAGAUUACAGUGAGAGGGGGAGAUGUUUGUCCUAAACCCGUGUUUGCUUUCCAUCAUGCUAACUUCCCACAAUAUGUAAUGGAUGUGUUGAUGGAUCAGCACUUUACAGAACCAACUCCAAUUCAGUGCCAGGGAUUUCCAUUGGCUCUUAGUGGGCGGGAUAUGGUGGGCAUUGCUCAGACUGGCUCUGGGAAGACAUUGGCGUAUUUGCUGCCUGCAGUUGUUCAUAUUAACCACCAGCCAUACUUGGAAAGGGGAGAUGGCCCAAUUUGUCUAGUUCUGGCUCCUACAAGAGAGCUUGCCCAGCAAGUACAGCAGGUAGCUGAUGACUAUGGCAAAUGUUCUAGAUUGAAGAGUACUUGCAUUUAUGGAGGUGCUCCUAAAGGUCCCCAGAUUCGAGACUUGGAAAGAGGUGUUGAGAUCUGCAUAGCUACUCCUGGACGCCUGAUAGAUUUCCUGGAGUCAGGAAAGACAAAUCUUCGCCGAUGUACUUACCUUGUACUGGAUGAGGCUGACAGAAUGCUUGAUAUGGGCUUUGAACCCCAGAUCCGUAAGAUUGUCGACCAAAUUAGGCCUGAUAGGCAGACAUUGAUGUGGAGUGCAACCUGGCCAAAAGAAGUCAGACAGCUUGCAGAGGAUUUCCUUCGUGAUUACACACAGAUCAAUGUAGGCAAUCUGGAGUUGAGUGCCAACCACAACAUUCUCCAGAUUGUGGAUGUCUGCAUGGAAAGUGAAAAAGACCACAAAUUGAUCCAACUAAUGGAGGAAAUAAUGGCUGAAAAGGAAAAUAAGACAAUAAUAUUUGUUGAGACAAAGAGACGCUGUGAUGACCUCACUCGAAGGAUGCGCAGAGAUGGUUGGCCAGCUAUGUGUAUCCAUGGAGACAAGAGUCAACCAGAAAGAGAUUGGGUACUUAAUGAGUUCCGUUCUGGAAAGGCUCCCAUCCUCAUUGCCACAGAUGUAGCUUCCCGUGGGCUAGAUGUGGAAGAUGUCAAGUUUGUGAUCAACUACGACUAUCCAAACAGUUCAGAGGAUUAUGUGCACCGUAUUGGCCGAACAGCCCGUAGCACCAACAAGGGCACUGCCUAUACCUUCUUCACCCCAGGGAACCUAAAGCAAGCCAGAGAGCUGAUCAAAGUUCUGGAAGAGGCUAAUCAGGCUAUCAAUCCAAAGCUGAUGCAGCUGGUGGACCACAGAGGAGGCGGCGGCGGAGGGGGUAAGGGAGGUCGUUCUCGAUACCGGACCACUUCUUCAGCCAACAAUCCCAAUCUGAUGUAUCAGGAUGAGUGUGACCGGAGGCUUCGAGGAGUCAAGGAUGGUGGACGGAGAGAUUCUGCGAGCUAUCGGGAUCGUGGUGAAACCGAUAGAGCUGGUUAUGCUAAUGGCAGUGGCUAUGGAAGUCCAAAUUCUGCCUUUGGAGCACAAGCAGGCCAAUACACCUAUGGUCAAGGCACCUAUGGGGCAGCUGCUUAUGGUACCAGUGGCUAUACAGCCCAAGAAUAUGGUGCUGGCACUUACGGAGCUAGUAGCACCACCUCAACUGGGAGGAGUUCACAGAGCUCUAGCCAGCAGUUUAGUGGGAUAGGCCGGUCUGGGCAGCAGCCACAGCCACUGAUGUCACAACAGUUUGCACAGCCUCCAGGAGCUACCAAUAUGAUAGGUUACAUGGGGCAGACUGCCUACCAAUACCCUCCUCCUCCCCCUCCCCCCCCUCCUUCACGUAAAUGAAACCACUAAUGUGGUAGUGACUUGUGCUGAGUUAAUUACAUUUAAAGGAACGCUGUCUUUCCUUUUUUUCCCUCCUCUUCCCCUUUUCUUUCAUUUUCUUUUUUAUUUUUUAUCUCCAACCAUUGUGAUUUGUCUUUUCAUGCAGAUUAGUUAGAAUUCACUGCCAGAUUUCUUCUGCCCACCAAAAUGAUCCAGUCUCUAAUACCAGAGUUUGUCAAAGUAUAUAUAUAUAUAUAUAGCCGACUGGAAGAGAUUAAUUUCUUCCCCCAACUUCUUGCAUGUUGAGGAUAUUUGAGCUAUUUUUCAUCUUAAAAGAAAAAGUAAGAUAUUAGGCCAUUUUGUGGGUGCCCAUUUUUUGUUGUCCAGAGUUGGGAGGGAGGGUGGGGGGAGGGUUGAAUUGUUCUGUAGAAGAUGGCAUCUGUGCUUUAAAUUGCUCUCAUUACUGGGUUAGAAAACCAGGAGGGAUUUCCCUGCACAUUUUCCGUAAUGCUUUUUAAUGUUUCUCAAGCUGGAUCAGGGUUCCUCGGGCCUGAUGAGUUUUUAAGACAGUGCUUUAGCUGAUUGCUUGUUAAGUACAUUUGACAGUUAAAAAAAAUUACUAAUUGGUUUUGUUUCCCUUACACUCUGCUUCCCCCCCCCCGCCCCCUCCCCGCUUUUGCCCUCCCAGUUUUUGAAAAAUAACCAUUUUAGCGUCAGGUUAGAAAUUGAAAUGCUGAUUCUGAGUUUUAAGUGUAUCUUUUAAACCAAAAACCACAAGUGUUUAUUGCAGUGGUUAAACUGUAGCAUCUCAGCAUCUGGAUGGAAGUUGCCUAUUCUCUGACUAGGGACCAUCUGUGAAAUUCAUUUUCCAGCCAGACAGCUGCUGUGAGCGAGUGGAUAUAAAUGCUCACUGGAAACUUACUUUAUUAACCAGUUGAGUAUGCAUUCACAUGCAGUGUAAAAAGCACCUUUAAUUGUAAACAGAAUAUUCUCAAAAUGGGCACGUUUUCUUUUUGAACUCAUUAUUUGCAGUAGAGAAUAAAAGCAACUCUUUAUCAGCUACGUCUGACCUUUUGGCCAAGUUAGCUUGAUCAAAGAAUCUUAAGAGUUUAUUAAGAGCUUUUAUUCUCUUCAUACCCUCUUCUCUGCAGUGCUUUGUAACAGCUUCUGGAUGCAAAUUUUCUUCAGCAUCCUUUUGCACUCAGCUUUUUACAGGUAGGUAGUGCUUAAGAAAAGUUAUGGAGGACUAAAGCCUAAAUCCGUUUUACUUUUCCUCCAUCUGAAGGUAGGUGAGUUCAUCGUAUUCAUAGUAAUACUGUUUUUCCUAGACCUCAUAGAGCAGAUGGGCCUGGAAGAAAUACUUGAGGUUUCUGUUUUUGUUUUCCUUUUUAAAUUCUUCAGGGAGAGAGAAGGGAUGGUUUCUGAGGGGUUCUGAAAGUGUGAUUCAAUGUGCAACAUACAGGUAGGUUGUCAGCAUAAGCUGAAAUAUGUGCAUGUAAAAACUUUGACAUCCUUUAUUUUCUACUUUCUUCUUCCUUUACUUCUCUUUUUGUUCCCCAUUUUAUAGAAGUUGAGGCCAAGGGAGGAUGGUAGGCACAGAAAAAAAUGUGGCAAAACUGCUCUGUGCUUUCAAACCAAAGUGCCCUCACCCCCACACAAUUUAUGUAAGCACUGGCAAGUCUGUUGUGGACAUUUCUUCUACAAUCAAAUUGUGUUGUUUUUUUGGUUUUUUUUUUUUUUUUUCUUUGAACAUAGAGGUUCCACCACAGUUGUACUACUCUGUUGCAGCUCUGAAAAGCAUCCGUUUGGGGGAAAGGUCUCUGGGCAAGUGAGCAGAAUUUGAAUUGCUUGUUUCCCUUUUUCCACCAGGGACAUAGUAAUCUUAAAAUCAAAAUAACAGCAAAUUCCAUAUCUCAAAAGCUAUUGUGGCCUGAGCACAGCUGAAAUCUAGCAGUUUCUUCUAUAUAGCUCUAGGGUAACUCUUCUGCCUCCAUGUCUGUCACUCUUAAUUCAGGUUCUGUUGUUGAUUCAGAACAUGAGUAGAAGAAUCCUCAUUUGAUGCUAGUUAUUGCAUUUGUGGUUGAAACUCACUUAGGGAAAGGGUUUCAAUAUUAAGCUAUGGGAUACUUCUUCCUAAUCCCUCCUUAACAAUUCAUUGUGUGGACUUCUCUCGUCUGAAAGGUUGGUGGCUUUUGCUUGGGAUCAGUGCUCUCUAUUCAUGUCCUUGCUGGUCUCUGAACACAUUCCUGUUGUGUUAUGACUUGAAAAAUUUGUAGAUGUGUGAUGUUCAGGCAGAGGAUGCUAAGAGCAAUGUUACUAUUCUUAGUUUGUAAAUUGUCCUUUUGAUACCAUCUUGUUUUCUUUUGUAGGUAUAAAUAAAAACACUUGACAAUAA